AUGGUGUAUGCGUCACUGGGUCAGAGCUCUAUAUAUUCUGAAGAGGAUUCGAUCUUGUUUUUGCUGACAACUCUCUAUCAUGUGAUUGAGUGUUUGGAUGGCUCGGCUACAAAGAAGGAGCUUGGCUUGCGCAUGAAUUCGUCGGAUAAAACAUACACGAAUGCUAUGUAUGCAAUGAACUUAUUGCUGACCCAGCUCACCCAGAGUAAGCUCGAGCAUGUCACGAAUCCUGACCACAGGUUGCUGCUACGUGGUUUAUGCGUAAAAUGUUUGCAGCCAUCAUCAUUGUUUCGCUUCGAUUCUCCAAAUGUUGUUCUAUCUAUGAUAAGCGUUGCGUUGGAAGUGAUUGAAGAUAGAUCAUCGGAUGCGCGUGAUAGUGGUGGUAGUAUGCAGCGGGCGAUUGGAGUAGAUGCCAUGGCCCGCUUGUUGUACGCGAUAAGGUCCCUCUCAGGUGACGAUUUUCGGGGGUCCUGUUCAUCAGUACCACACUCAGUUAAGAGAAAGACAUUGCUUCGUGAUCGCAUUCGAGUAGUCGUUGUUGAAGUGUUGCGAUUUCUGAAUAGGGCCUUCCGAAGUAAUGACGAGAUUGCUUCGUCGUUUCCACUGCACAAGCGGUCUGCUCUGAUGAACUUGUGCAUCAUGUUGAUGGAGGAUGAAGAAGAAAAGGUAGCACAGAGUAAUAGCAAAACGCCGAAGCAGCUGUUUGGCAAUGGAGCCGUUUUAUUCUUACAGUUGCAUGAGAGUUGGUCACGAGCACAUCUGACUACGUUGCCGAUGCAAUUGGUAGAGCUGAUACAUCUUCUCCACGGGAGACUUGGACAAUAUGGCAUUUGCGGCCUUACAUACUUUUCUGACAUUUCUCCCGCCGAAGAUUUGCGCAAGAGCUCUUGCUUUCUCGAAACAAGUGCGGUGCUGCUAAGCAAGUUUGUACAAAACGCACAUUUUCGAGACGCUGGAGAAUAUGCGAAGACGUUGAAUGGUGACAUCAAUGGAGAAGAUAAUGCAAAUGCAGAUUUGGGUGAAGACGAAAUUGAUUUUCAAACAGAGUUGUGCCAGUGCUACCGUUGUUUAUACGAUGUGCAAAUUGUGCCCGGAUGCGAAGAUCACAAGGCAGGGUCUACCUUUGCGUCACUACAAGGCGCUAAGGUACCUAUCAAACAUGAUGACGCCAUGCGGCUCCUUCGUUUCGCUGUGCCGGUAUUUUUGGCUACAAAGGUGAAAAACAAUAGUCAAAAGAGGGAGCGACAGAAGUUACUUUGCGCUGUGCGAGAAGCUCUGUCUGACUCCGGUGUCGCUGCUUUCGUUGCGCAGCCAGUCACUGCACCUCUUUCCUUGCAAGUAUACUUAGCCCCGGGAGGCCUGCUACAGGAAGAUGCAAUGCCACCAUUUCCGCUAGAUGCCACCAGCUCCAUGGCAAGAUCACCGGACGAAGUUUGCGUGAGCCAUUUGUGGUAUCUGCUGGGUGCUAACUACAUCCUUGGGCGAGUGAAACGACGAGGAAAUCUUGAUGAGCUGAUGGAAUUGGAACAACGCGUGCGCCUGCGGGUGGAAUACCUGAUCAAAGACGUAUUGUGCUACCACCCUGAUCGAGUUGACACGUGGGUGCACUUGGGAAAGACAAUGAAGGAACUCUAUCACGCUGCUACAGACGCAAUAGCGGCUAUACUCGGACGAAAUGUGCGUGUUCAAGCAUUUUUAUGGUACACAACUACGAUACUUGCUUCGGACACAGAGCAUCUGCAAGGGCAGCAUACUCGAAGUACCCCAGACGUGUACUCAUUUCGCAAUCUCGUUCUAGAGUGGGGUUUGUUCAAAAAGUUGAAGUUGUGGCAAGAAAGAUUGGUCGAUGGACCAAAAGCGGGCAGCAAGACUGUAACUCCAGAGGAUCGAAACGAGAAGACGGAUGCGAACGAUGCUGACGACGAGUUUAGUCAAAGCCAGGUUCCUGUUGAAGAGUACGCUACGAUGUACAUCUUCCAGGUGGUUGAGUUUGCUAGGCGCUGUUUUGACAUGGCUGCGCAACUGGCCAACAGGGGUGCUCAGAAACACCAAUCAAGACAAAUUUGCAAGUGCGGUAAUUCUGACAACGAUGUUGUGGGUGCGGGAAGCACCUUUGAUGAAGCGCUAAGUAGCUUACGAAACAUCGUUUUUGAGUGCAACGAAGAAUGUGCUUUGCUGCUGUAUAGUCUCUUGCAAGAGUUUUCUUUGAUCAAGGAGAUGAAUAAUGCGGCUUUUCCGUACGAAGCGUACUCGCGUUUGAUUGACAAAACAUUGAGCUAUUUCCAAGAAGGGUGGAGCCAGUGCAGAUCCAAUGAAAACGCCCACGACGACCACUUCCGUCUACAAUAUAUGAUUGGCAAGACCUUGAAGAAAAGACGCUGGUGCGAGCUCCACCGACAAAAACUUUCUGAUCCAGAAGUGCUAUCAACAGCAAAAGAAAUGGCUGGAUAUUUCUCUAGAGCAGAGUCUGCUCGUGCAGUAGGAGACAGGGAACACGCUCUUGUCCAUGCGUUCCAUUCUUUGCAAGCGCUGCGAAUCGAGCUCACAAUCUGCGACUCGCCGUCAGUGGAGGCGCUCCGCUUGGUUUGCGGUCAUUAUUAUGAAGGAAUGGAAUCAGAAGAUGAAAUGGAGGAUACUGAUGAAGGUGUUGCAGAUGAUGAUUCUUCCCAACCAGGCGAUGAGAAUAACAGCAGUGAGAAAGAGAGUUUGUGUCGGCUAGCCUGGAAACUGUUAGUCAACAAGCCACUGCGGCCCGUGAGAUCACUUGUGCCAGCACUGUAA